AUGAUAGGCCUUCAUGAGGCCACUGUGUACUGGGAUGCUGCCCAGAAAAGGGUGAGCCUAAAGGAGGAUGCGAUGGACACAGAGGGGGGUGCCUAUGGCUACUUCAAUGAUACUCUGCACUUAACCGGAUGGGGCAUCUUGGAAAUUUGUGCCGGUUUUGGAAAUGUCCAACAGGAAGACGAGACAACCUUCUUCCUGGCUGGGUACCUGGAAGGCUACUUUAGUGCCAAACAGAUGUUUCACCAUUAUUCCAACGUGUACCCUCAGCUAAUAAAGGACAAGAAGGUUCUGAAUCCCUUGGAAAGCUUCUUAAGCGAACAGGAUCAAUAGGCCAGAGAGCAGGUAAAACUGAGGAAGAACAGUGAACCCUUGUGGAACUACUUGGGACUGAUCUUGGCCCAACUGGACGGUCUCAUAGCUGGAGCUGCAUCGUGGGCCAAAAGCAAACACACAGAGCCUCUGUCAGUGUUUAUGGUACAGUUUCUGAAUAGUGUUGGCGACCUCCUGGACCUCGUCCCUGCUCUAACACCUCGCCUCAACUCUGCCGGGCCCAAGUCUUUCAGUAUUCAAGAGAUGGGCCACUGCACGGCUCUCAUAAAGGUGACGCCUGGUUUUGAGAACCUGCUGCUGGGUCACUCCAGCUGGUACAAUUAUGCAUCCACCAUGCACAUCUACAAACAUUGGAACCUCAGGGUGUCCAACAUGCACGUAGCCACGGGAAAGAUGUCGUUCAGCAGCUACCCUGGCUUCCUUACGUCUCUGGACGACUUCUACCUCCUUGGUAGCCGCCUACUGGUUACUCAGACUUCCAUCUGUGUUUUCAACGCCUCCUUGUUCUCUCAGCUCAGCCCUCACAGCCUGCUGGCCUGGCAGAGAGUCCGCCUGGCCAACAGCUUGGCGCGCAGCGGUGAAGAGUGGGCGCAGAUCUUCUCAAAAUACAACUCAGGUACAUAUAACAGCCAGUACAUGGUGGUGGACCUGAGUAAGAUCUCACUCGGUCACAGCAUCAGAACUGGAGCUCUGACUGUUGUGGAGCAGAUUCCAGGGAAGGUGAUGCACUCUGACCAGACCCAAACUUUGCGAGGAGGGUACUGGCCGUCCUACAACAUUCCAUUUCAUGUUGAAAUCUAUAACCUGAGUGGAUACGGCGUGAUGUGGACAAAACAUGGUGAAGAUUUCUCUUAUGACCUUUGCGCCAGAGCUAAAAUCCUGCGCAGGGACCAGGCCAAGGUGUUUGAUCUCAGGUCCCUCAAGUACAUCAUGAGAUACAACAACUAUAGGAGAGAUCCUUAUGCCAAGGGCCAUCCAUGUAAAACCAUCUGUUGCCGUAACGACCUGCGACCAAGGAGACCACGGCCAGGUGGUUGCUACGACACUAAGGUGACUGACUACCAGAUGGCUCUUCAGCUGGCAGCAGAGGCAAUAAACGGCCCCACAAUCCAGGGGGGGUUACGACCAUUCACAUGGCUCUCCUUCAACCUCACGGCUCACGACGGCCUUCCUUUCAAGUACAAUUUUACUUUUAUCACCGUGAGACCCGCUCUGCACAAGCCCUAAAUGUACCAGCUCCCUAAUCCAUGGCAUAUAUUGUGUUAACGGUUUAGUUUGUGUGCUAGCAUUUAAACAUUGGUUGCAGAUUGGGCAGCUACUUGGAUGUCAUGUAAAGCAUUAUUCCCUAGAGGAGGGAUGCAGUUGACCUUUUCCUCCAGCAUCACCAUCAAAUGUUAAUGUUUAACUGUCAGUAAACUGGUGAAGAGCCUGUUAACGUGUAACAUUGAAUGUUCAGUCCGAUAUACAGUCUAUGAAGCAUGAAGAUAUCUUCUUUAUUAUUAUACUGUACAUCUGAGUAGAAUAGA